UACCUUUAAUCUCGAUUGUUGGUUUUGUUUUGUUUUGUGAGUGUCAACUGGCAAGAAUAAGUUGCCACUGCUAACUAGCCUUGUCUCCCAUGCCCUCGCUUAUUACCAUUAGCUACACGUCAUGGUAAUGACCUCACGUUAGAUGGAAUUUUGUAUUUGUUGGAAUCACUGGGUCAUUCCAAAAUAUUUGCAGCUAUUUAGUUGCUUUAGAAGUUGUUGACCCGCAUCCUCUUGACACUCGCUUUUGGUCUCACUUAACAUAGCUAACGUUGAUGGCUAGACAGCCAGCUAUCGUUCGUUGUCAUUUACAGUUAAAAAGGGUAACGUUGGUUUACUUAACCUCAAGAUGCACCAAUGUUAAUUGCUGAUACACUGUGUCAAUACAAGCCGGGUUGUGAUCGAUACCUUUUUUCACUCGUAACGCAGACGUUUCUCAUGCCAGUUGGUGUUGGAGUAUAGCUAGCAAUGCUGCUAACUGGCAGACAUCGGCUAAGCUAACUAGCUAGCGAUACGUGUUUUGCAAGCUACUGGCUUAAUCAGUUCUCAUAUCCUUCAAUUUAGCUGGCAAGCUACCGGUUGUGUUGUGCGGACAUCUACUCCAGCUAGAGAGUUAGCAUGCUAGGUGUAAAGACUGUCGACUGAUCACUUAGCCACAGAAGUCUGUGGGCAGCAAAGGUGAUAAGGAUGAAGGGGUCCGGAAGACAAGUUUGACAGUUUAUUAAAAGCACUCACCCACAGGGACAGGAAGCCAGCGUUUGGGAGAUGUGAAGAGCGGCCAGAGGGAGGCGACGUUAAGCGAUCUGUGCAUCCUCACGACCCCCCCCACCCUUCUUCAGCAUGAAUGGGGAUAUGCCUCAUGUGCCCAUCACCACUCUCGCUGGGAUCGCUAGCCUCACAGACUUGUUGAACCAGCUGCCUCUCCCCUCCCCGCUGCCUGCCACCACCACCAAGAGCCUGUUGUACAAUGGGAGGAUUGCUGAGGAGGUGGGUUGCCUGCUGGCCUGCCGUGACGAGACGCUGGUCUCCCAGCUGGCCCACAGCCUUACACAGGUCUCCACCGAGCACAUAGAGCUGAAGGACAACCUUGGCAGUGAUGACCCGGAGGGAGACGUGCCUGUGCUGCUGCAGACGGUGUUGUCCAGGAACCCCAACAUCUUCAGGGAGAAAAGUAUCAUGCAGCAACAGCAAAUGGUCUCACAGUAUAAGAUGUCCCAAAAUUCCAUGCACGGAAGCCCGGCAUCAACAAACUACCAGCAAACCACUAUUUCACACAGUCCUUCCAGUCGCUUCGUUCCCCCACAGACGGGCACGGGGAGCAGGUUCCUGCCCCAACAGGGGAGCCCAGUGCCCAGCCCCUAUGCCCCCACGAGUCCCGCAGGGUACAUGCAGUACUCGCAUCCCCCCAGCUACUCCCAACACCAACAGAUCCAGCAAGGUACUUUGUCAGUGGCCAGUCCCAUGGUGCCUGGGGGCAUGAGGAACAUACAUGACAGUAAAGUCUCGGGUCAGAUGGCCAGCAACUCAGCCAAUCACAACUCAAGUGAAGAUUACAUGGGCAUGGUGCAUCGACCCAUGGGCAGCGGGGAAAGCGACCCCUCCAUGAGAAACACCUCGUACCCUGUCAGAUCGCCUGUCUGCUCUCCUGCCGGGAGUGAAGGCACCCCAAAAGCUGGGUCACGGCCGCCACUCAUCCUCCAGUCGCCGCCCCCUUACACGUCCCCCCGCGAUGCAGCCGCCGCCGCCGAGAUGCUGCUGGACUCGCCCGAGCACCGCAAGAAGCUGAAGAAGCUGGUGAAAGACGAGGUGGCGGGCGAUCCCAAGAACGCCCCCGCCAUGUACGACAUCGUCAGCCCGCCCUCCAAAGACUCGACCAAGCUCACGCUCAAGCUGUCGCGGGUCAAGUCCGGCGAGUCGGAACCUCCGUCUGGCAACGCCGAACUCCUCCCGGGGGCGGAGCACGGCUCGGACACUGAGGGCGAUCUGCCCUUUAACAGCCUGCAACCGUUCCGUGGCGGCCCCCAGGACCCCGCGCAGAGACUGGGCCCGGUGCACUGCCUGAGUGGCGGGGAGCAGUCGGGGUACCAGCAGGUGCCGGUGCUUCAGAACACGGGCGCGGUGCCGGGCCGGAUGAUGACGGGGGGCAGCGGGACGCCGUACGACGAGGCGGAGAUGGACGCGCUGGCCGAGAUCGAGAGGAUCGAGCGGGAGUCGGCCAUCGAGCGGGAACGCUGCUCCAAAGAGGUCCAGGACAAAGAUAAGCCACUGAAGAAGCGGAAGCAGGACUCCUACCCUCAGGAGCCUGGGGCCGGGGGAACUGCAGGGGCCACUGGGGGCCCGGGGAUGGCCGGGGGCGGCAGUGCAGGGCACAAACUGGCACCCCAGGAGGCCAGCGCCGCCAGCAACGGGGCAAAUCGCCUGGCCCUAAUGGUUAGCAUCGACCUGCAGCAGGCCGGCCGGGGGGAGGGGCAGCUGGAGCCUGUGGCCACGCCUGUUCCUGCUCUGGAGGCGCAGCGGUGGCCCGAGGAGGGGGCGGAGCCUGCGGGGGUCCUGCGCAUGCGUUCAAAGACAGACGGCGAGGUGCAGAAGGCGGACGGGCGGCCGGAGGUGAUAAAGCAGCGCGCAGACACACCGCAGAAACCUGGUCCCGACGGUCAUGCCGAGAUGCCCAGGCACAAGCAGGACGGACGGCACGAGCGGGAAAGAGACCGAGAGUCGGCCAAGGUCAGCUCUGAGCGGAGACCCGACGGGUCGAAGCACAGGCACGACGGCAAGCCUGACGGCAAGAACCGCUCUGACACCCCACGGAAAACGGACUCGGCACGUGACGGACAUCGAGAGGACCGACACCGAGACCGGGAUCGAGACAAAGAACGAGACAAAGAGAAAGAGCGUGAUGGUGACUCCUCUCGUGUCCGCCGGCCCGAGACCCCAAAGUCCUCAGACCGACACGAACGGCGGGACCGGGAGCGCGAGAAAGACAGACGGUCAAGACCGGACGGCGAAGGACGAGACCGGCAAACCCCAGAGCAGCGGCGAGAAAAGGGCGACAGCCCCCGGGUCAAACCGGAACGAGACGGCAGCCGCCCUCGCCCCGACCGGCCUGGUGCGAAAGACGGCGAGCGACGCAGCGGAGGCGGCGACUCGGGCAGAAACCGCCCGGACACCCACAAGCAGCCCGUCCCUGACACCAAACCCACCGGCGAAUUCCCACCAUUCCUGCUGGGCGGGAAGUCUGGAGCACUGAAGAACUUUGUGAUUCCCAAGCUGAAGCGGGACAAGGAAGGGAAAGUGAUCGCGGACCUUCAGAAGGCUGAGGGCUGGAGUGAGCCCCGCAUAAAGCUGGAGCGCAUCGGCCCAGACAAAGACAAAGAGAAAGAGAAAGAGAAAGACAAAGCCCCAGGCCCAGGUCCAAGCCCAGGCCCAGGCCCAGGCCCAGGCCCAAGCCCAGGCCUUGAAAAGGACCUAAAAAAGGGGGCGAAACCUGUGGUGGUGCUGCAGAAACUCUCCCUGGACGAGGUGCAGAAGAUCAUCCGCAAGAGCAAGAGCAGGCCACCCUUAGGGAAAUCCUCAAAAGCGUCUUACGAUCAGAGUGUCCUACGGGAGCUGCCGCCUCAACUGAUGGCCGAGAUCGAAUCCACCAUGCCUCUGUGCGAGCGGGUCAAGAUGAACAAGCGCAGGCGCAGCACUGUCAAUGAUAAGCCCAAGUACGCCGAGGCAAGCUCUGAAGAGGAGACCGAGGCCUUCACCGAGCCCUCGAGGAAACGGAGUAAGCGGGAACGGGAUAAGGCAUGGGAGACCGAGGAAAAAAGUGAGCCCCUGCGUGAACAGCGCGAGCGACGGGGUUCCGGCGAGCAUCGGCGCAGCCGGCAGAAGGACCGAACUCCAGAGGAGUCAGAGGAGGAGUCACCCCCGCCCAGCAUAAGUGACGUUGCCAGAAAGUUGAAGAAGAAGGAGAAGCAGAAGAAGAGGAAGGCGUACGAACCGAAGCUCACUUCAGAAGAAAUGAUGGACUCCUCCACGUUUAAGAAGUUCUCUGCCAAUGUGGACAAUAUUCUGGAAAACCUGGAAGAUGUGGAUUUCACAGCAUUAGACGACGACGAGAUCCCUCAGGAGCUCAUCCUUGGCAAACACCAGCUCAGUGAGCUGGGCAGCGAGUCAGCCAAGAUCAAGGCCAUGGGCGUCACUUUCAGGCUUCCAACUGACAAGCUCGUGAAGGUCUUGAACAUCUUGGAGAAGAACAUUCAGGAUGGAUCCAAACUCUCAACAUUGAUGAAUCACGACAAUGAUGAGGAUGAAGAGCGUCUCUGGCGUGACCUCAUCAUGGAGCGGGUCACCAAGUCAGCCGAUGCGUGCUUGACGGCGCUCAACAUCAUGACAUCAACGCGCAUGCCCAAGGCCGUUUACAUCGAGGACGUGAUCGAGCGAGUGCUGCAGUACACGAAGUUCCACCUGCAAAACACGCUCUACCCCCAGUACGACCCCGUGUACCGCGUGGAUCCACAUGGAAGUGGUUUAAUGAGCUCCAAAGCCAAGCGUGCUAAAUGUUCCAAUCACAAGCAGAGGGUCAUAGUCCUGCUCUACCACAAAGUCUGUGACAUCGUCAGCAAGAUCGCUGAGCUCCUGGAGAUCCAGCUGUUGACGGACACCACCAUUCUGCAGGUGUCCUCUAUGGGUAUCACGCCAUUCUUUGUGGAGAAUGUGAGUGAGCUGCAGCUGUUUGCCAUCAAGCUGGUGACUGCGGUGUUCUCUCGGUAUGAGAAGCACAGGCAGCUGAUCCUGGAGGAGAUCCUCACGUCGCUGGCCAGGCUGCCCACCAGCAAGAGGAGCCUGAGGAACUUCAGGCUGAACAGCAGCGACGUGGACGGGGAGCCCAUGUUCAUCCAGAUGGUGACUGCUCUGGUGCUGCAGCUCAUCCAGUGCGUGGUGCACCUGCCCUCACAGAAAGACCACGACGAUGAGUACGACAAGAAGAUGGAUCAAGAUCUCCUGAUUACAAACUCGUAUGAGACGGCGAUGAGGACUGCACAGAACUUUCUCUCUGUAUUCCUCAAAAAGUGUGGCAGUAAGCAAGGGGAGGAGGACUACCGGCCGCUUUUUGAGAACUUCGUCCAGGAUCUCCUCUCCACGGUCAACAAGCCGGAGUGGCCAGCCGCAGAGCUGCUGCUCAGCCUCCUGGGACGUCUGCUGGUGCACCAGUUCAGUAAUAAGCAGACGGAGAUGGCUCUGCGCGUGGCCUCGCUGGACUACCUGGGCACAGUGGCCGCUCGCCUGCGCAAGGAUGCCGUCACCAGCUCGAUGGACCAGAAGUCCAUCGACCGAAUUCUGCGGGAGGCCUCAGGCAGCGAUGAGACUCAGCAGCUCCAGAAGGCUCUGCUGGACUACCUGGACGAGAACUCGGAGAACGACCCCUCGUUAGUGUUCGCUCGUAAGUUCUACAUCGCGCAGUGGUUCCGUGACACCACCACAGAGUGCGAGAAGGCCAUGAAGAACCAGAAGGAGGACGACUCGGACAGCCAGCACCACGCCCGCGAGCUGGAGACCACGGGCGAGAUCAUGCAGCGCGCCGAGCUGCGCAAGAAGUUCCUGCGCGCCAUCGUCAAGAGCCUGCCCGCGCAGUUCACCCAACUCAAGAUGAACUCGGACACUGUUGACUAUCAAGACGCCUGCCUGAUCGUCAGAUAUUUGGCCUCCAUGAGGCCGUUUGCGCAGAGCUUUGAUAUUUAUUUAACACAGAUUCUGAGAGUGUUGGGGGAGAGUGCCAUCGCAGUGCGGACCAAAGCCAUGAAGUGUCUGUCGGAGGUGGUGGCAGCCGAUCCCAGCAUUCUUGCAAGGUCGGACAUGCAGCGCGGGGUGCACUGUCGUCUCAUGGACAACUCCACCAGCGUGCGCGAGGCGGCCGUGGAGCUGCUGGGGCGCUUCGUGCUGUGCCGGCCUCAGCUCACCGAGCAGUACUACGACAUGCUCAUCGAGAGGAUACUGGACACGGGCAUAAGUGUGAGGAAAAGGGUAAUUAAGAUCCUGAGAGACAUUUGCCUAGAGCAGCCCACCUUCAGCAAGAUCACGGAGAUGUGUGUGAAGAUGAUCCGCAGGGUAAACGACGAAGAGGGCAUUAAGAAACUUGUGAACGAAACAUUCCAGAAGCUCUGGUUCACGCCGACGCCGAAUAACGACAAAGAGGCCAUGACCAGGAAGAUCCUCAACAUCACUGAUGUGGUAUCAGCGUGCAAAGAUACGGGUUAUGACUGGUUCGAGCAGCUGCUUCAAAAUUUGCUGAAGGUAGAGGAGGACGCCUCCUACAAGCCGGCGCGAAAAGCGUGUGUUCAGCUGGUGGACAAUCUGGUGGAGCACAUCCUCAAGUAUGAGGAGUCUCUCGCAGACAAUGAGAAUAAGGCGGUGAACUCGAACCGUCUGGUGUCCUGCAUCACCACGCUCUACCUGUUCAGCAAGAUCCGAGCGCAGCUGAUGGUCAAGCACGCCAUGACCAUGCAGCCGUACCUGACCUCCAAGUGCAAUACUCAGAAUGACUUUGUGGUGAUCUGCAAUGUGGCCAAGAUCCUGGAGCUGGUGGUGCCUCUGAUGGAGCACCCAAGCGAGACCUUCCUGGCCACCAUUGAGGAGGACCUGAUGAAGCUCAUCAUCAAAUAUGGCAUGCUGGUGGUGCAAAGUUCAGUUAGCUGUCUUGGUGCUGUUGUGAACAGGGUCACUCACAACUACAAGUUUGUCCUGACCUGCUUCAACCGAUAUUACGGUGCAUCGAACAAGCUGAAGCUCCAGCACCAGGAGGACCCCACCAGCUCGGUGGUGACCAGCAACAAGCCUGCUCUGCUGCGCUCGCUCUUUACCGUGGGGGCCCUCUGCCGGCACUUUGACUUUGACCUUGAGGACUUCAAAGGCACGAGCAAGGUGGUGAUCAAGGACAAGGUGCUGGAGCUACUGCUGUACUUCACCAGGAUUGAGGAUGAGGAGGAGGUUCAGACCAAAGCCAUUAUGGGCUUGGGUUUCCUGUUCAUCAUGCACCCCGACCUCAUGUUCAUUCCGGACGUGAAGAACCUCUACAAUGACAUCCUGUCGGACAGCAAGAGGUCGGACAACCUGAAGAUCCAGGUGCUGAAGAAUCUGCAGACGUACCUGCAGGAGGAGGACUCGCGCAUGCAGGAGGCCGACAGGGAAUGGAAGAAGCUGUCCAAGAAGGAAGACCUGAAGGAGAUGGGGGACAUCUCGUCAGGCAUGAGCAGCUCCAUCAUGCAGCUCUACCUGAAGCAGGUGCUGGAGGCCUUCUUCCACACGCAGUCCAACGUGCGCCACUUCGCCCUCAACGUCAUCGCCCUCACUCUCAACCAGGGCCUCAUCCACCCCGUGCAGUGUGUGCCCUACUUGAUCGCCAUGGGAACGGACCCUGAGCCCAGCAUGCGGAACAAGUCGGACCAGCAGCUGGUGGAGAUCGACAAGAAAUAUACAGGAUUCAUCCAUAUGAAAGCUGUGGCGGGCUUGAAGAUGUCCUUCCAGCUGCAGCUGUCCAUCCAAGCCAAGCCAGGCUCCAUCGUGCGGGGCUUCCGCCAGGAUGAGACGCAUUCAGCCCUCUGCGCACACCUCUUCAGCAUGGUGCGGAGCAACCGGCAGCACCGCCGAGCCUUCCUCAUCUCCCUGCUCAACCUCUUCGAUGACAGCUCGAAAACGGAAGUGAACCAGCUGCUCUUCGUCGCAGACAACUUGGCAUGCUUCCCCUUUCAGAGCCAGGACGAGCCUCUCUUCAUCAUGCACCACAUAGACAUCACACUGUCUGUGUCAGGCAGCAACCUGCUACAGAGCUUUAAAGAGUCUUUACAGAAGGAGCCCAGGCAUCGAGAUAAGAAAGAGAAGAGGAGAGAGAGGGAGCGGGAGAGAGAGCGGGAGCGAGAGAGGGAGCGGAAGUAUGGCUCAGAGGAAGAGGAUGAGGGGCGGCACAGUAGUCGGAACAACUCGGACGAGGAGGAUGAAGAAGUGAAGAGGAGGCCGAAGAAGAGCAAGCGGCCCGCGGUGAACUCUGAGUCAGACUCCGAAUCGGACGCGGACGACGUGGAGAAGGUGAUGGAUCGUCUCCCUGACAACACGAUCCCGCUGCUGGACUUUGCAAACGCGUCUCAGGGCAUCCUGCUCCUGCUGGUGCUGAAGCAGCACCUGAAGAACCUUUACGGCUUCUCCGAUAGCAAAAUACAAAAGUAUUCUCCUACGGAAUCCGCCAAGGUGUACGAUAAAGCCGUGAACAGGAAGAACAACAUACACUUCAGUCCCCGGCAGACCCUGGAAUUCCUCGGCAACAACCUGUUUAAGGCGGACAUCACCUACGACCUCAAGAAGAGGAUCGUCAGGCAGUAUUUGGAUUUCAAGGUUCUGAUGGAGCAUUUGGACCCAGACGAAGAGGAUGAGGAAGGAGGAGAGGCCUCAGCCAACAUCCGAAAUAAGGCCAUCAAUAAUCUGCUGGGUGGAGCCAGCCCCAAGAACCACCCUCCCCCACCCGCAGACUCUGAAGACGAGGAGAGCGAAGGGGACGAGAAGACACCAGGGUCAUCACGGCGCUCGCGGAGUCGAGGGGGCGACUCGGCGGAGGCGAUGGGCCACAUGAACGAGACGGUGGAGGCCACGGACGUCAUCGCCAUCUGCUGCCCCAAGUACAAGGACCGGCCGCAGAUCGCGCGGGUCAUCCAGAAGACCAGCACGGGCUACAGCGUCCACUGGAUGGCCGGCUCGUACUCGGGCGUGUGGGCCGAGGCCAAGAAGCGGGACGGCCGCAAGCUGGUGCCGUGGGUGGACACCAUCAAAGAGUCGGACAUCAUCUACAAGAAGAUCGCCUUGACGAGCGCGCACAAGCUUACUAACAAAGUGGUGCAGACUUUACGGUCACUGUACUCGGCCAAGGAGGGCAGCUCCAGCUAAUCUAUCUCACACACACACACACACACGCACACUCAUACAUUACCUAUACACGCGGAAAAACACAUACGUGAACACUUCUACAGGAACUCUACGCAGCCAAACUUUAUUGGGAUCCGGCGUUUUCUAAACCCCUAUAGAGGAAAGGCGAGAGUAGUGCAGACACACAAAAGAGUUGGAGGGGGCAGGCCAGAGGAGGGAGACGGAGAGGAGAGGAAAACGUGGAAGGACAUUUUUGGUCUGUGUUGGACUGCUGGUGGAUCAAUCGGACACGGUUCAUUUAAACAGGACAAAAGAUAUUGUGCAGAAGGACAUGUUGGGAUCCAGGAUUUAAGAGGACAUAAAAGAAAUGGAGAUCUACACACAUGGAAGGAGAAUGUUUGGGAAACAAUGUGUGGGAGCUCCUUCGCUGUUGUGCAGCAAAACUCGGUUGUUUGAUUUUUACUCCCACUGUAUCAUAGUUUAACACACGAAGAAGAAAAAAAACAAAAACAAAAAUGUUUAUAUCUGACAAAAAAAAAUCUGUUUAAAAAAAAUAAACUUAAAGUGAAUGUUGGAAAUUAGUCUGUUGAUGUUCUUAAUAAAGUGUUCUUGGAGUUUAACCUCGCGGCGGAUGGAUGGAUUUCUUUAGCUUAGCGCAGUAUCCAGGGCAAUGACCUUUGACUUCUCCCCUCCCUUGUUUGGCCCUGCUGUAACGCUGGAGUCUCCAGGAAGUAAUUUAUUCUGUUUGAACCGGAGCAUGCAGUAUCUGAGGCCUACAGGAAAGGAGCGGUGUUGGUUUUCUUUUUUUUUUUCUUUUUUUCUUUUUGUAAAUGUAGAUUUUGAUGUAUUAGGUCGCCCCCCUAGAGAGAGAAAAGGGAUCCCCCUGCACUUCUGGAGGAACAAAUACUGCAAUAAAUUUUUUACUUCUCUUUGUUA